AUGACUUUAUGGUUACGCCAGAAUCUGGAUUGGCAUAGCCGGAAAAACUAUGUUCGACGUCUUUUUCUAGAAAAUCUCGGAAAAUCUUUAACAAAUCCUCAUAAUGAACGUCGAAGUCAACAAGUUCGUCUUACAUCAAAGAUACAACUUGCUUUACAAUCACUUGGUUUUGAAUUAAAGCCAAAAAUAUCAGUAAAUCAAGUACGUAUAAAUGAUCCUUCAAAACGAAGACUAUAUUAUAUGUGUCCAACACAUCCUGGUCGUAAAAGUCAACAAGUGUGUGACAUAUGCAAAAACAAUGUCUGUAGAUCUCAUUCAUUCAGCUUCACCAGUGUUAUUUGUCAAUUAUGUAAAAAAAAUAAUUCAACAGCAUGA